AAUUCCACAAUUGGCCAGCUAAACAUUUUUUAAAAAAAUGUUUGAAAAUUAAUAUCAUAUCCAUUUAUCUCCACUGCUCCGAGGUUUUUGAAGUGAUAGUCUGCCACCUAUGUUUACCUAACAUUUGACAUAGCCUGAUCAGUCGUUUCACUGUUGCAGCUCAAGGAUUUUCCCAACAGACCCAGAAGCUAAAUGAGAUCAUGAUUUUAGAAGGAACUGGCAGAAUGAGUCUUAAUUCCGUCACAAGUCUUCUCCAUGAGCAGCCAUCCUGGACUGAUGGAUAUCCACCAUGCAAUGCAACUGGUAGUUUUUUUGGAACUCAGUGGCACGAAAUACACCCACAAUAUUGGACAAAAUAUCAGGUCUGGGAAUGGCUCCAGCAUCUCUUGGACACCAACCAGCUCGAUGCCAACUGCAUUCCUUUCCAGGAGUUUGAUAUCAGCGGUGAACAUCUGUGCAGCAUGAAUUUGCAGGAUUUCACUCGGGCAGCUGGUACAGCUGGACAGCUUCUCUACAGCAGUCUUCACCAUCUGAAGUGGAAUGGUCAAUUUGGAAGUGAAAUGUACCCAUCACAGAAUGUCAUUGUCAAGACAGAACAAUCAGAUCCAUGUGCAAUGACAUCCUGGAAAGAUGACAAUUAUUUCUAUGACAAUGGUUAUGGAGGCACAGUAGAAUUAGUGGACAGCAAAGCCUAUUGUCGAGCACAGAUUUCAAUCAAUGCUGCUAAUCACCAGCCUAUCGAAGAUUCUUCAGAUGUUAAAAGAAUAGCCCAAGAACACACUCCGAAAUCACAUAACAAGAAGCACACUCCUCGAGGGACACACUUGUGGGAAUUUAUCCGAGACAUCCUCUUACAUCCAGAGAAGAAUCCAGGAUUGAUUAAAUGGGAAGAUCGAUCUGAAGGCAUCUUUAGAUUUUUAAAAUCUGAGGCAGUAGCUCAGUUGUGGGGGAAAAAGAAGAAUAACAGCAGCAUGACUUAUGAGAAACUGAGCCGUGCCAUGAGGUACUAUUACAAAAGAGAAAUUCUUGAACGUGUAGAUGGCCGAAGACUAGUAUACAAAUUUGGGAAGAAUGCACGUGGUUGGAGAGAAAAUGAGAACUAAAGGCAACUCAAAAACAACAAAAACCAACCCCCAAUAAUUACAGUUAUAUAAUAGAGCUACCACUAGAAGGAACUCAUAGUGGAUGUAAAUAUUUCAAAGACUGUUUUCUUCUAUUUAUGUACAAAAUUGGGUGGAAGGCAGUAAUCUACUCUAGUGGGAAGAAGGAACUCUGUUUUUUGUUGAUGUUAAUUAUUUUUUAUUUGAAACAUGUCCUUCUACAGGGAAAAAUGUACACAGGUUUCUGUGAACAAUGAUAAUGUGGUGUGGUUGUGUUUGGGUAUGUAUUUGCCUUUCUUAUGAAGAUGCUUGAAAAGUGUAUUCUGGGAUAAAUGUGAUUAUUAUAAUACUGUGAGAGUUGUAUGCUGUGGGAGGAAAUCAUAGGGCAUUACUUUUUAUUUGAGAGGCUGAAAUAAGGCCUAUUACUUCCUAUAUAUGAAACAAAUGAGGACUUACCUUUUUUUUCUCAGUUGUAAGGAUAGUAUGAGGAGAUCUGUCCAUGCAAUGUCAUGUCUCUCUUAUUAGACGCAGCAGCAUGCUAAGAGAUAAUCAGCAAACUUGGCCUGUUGCUUACAUCUUUCAUUGGAACAAAUUGUGGUUUGGCUUUAUUUGGAGUCUUACAUUUAGAAGCAAAUUUGAUUCUUCAAUUGAAGAUUGCAUUAUGUUGACAUAGAACCAGCUCUCACUCAGAAAGGAUGUUUAAAAAUGUGGAUUAGUUACAUUUGUGAUAUCACUGAAAGGUGUUUUUUUUAACUAAGUGAAAGGUUUCCAUUUUUGUUUAAAGUUAAUGUGGUCCACAUGUACUGAAAUCAUGUCAUACUAUGACAAUGGGCCCUUUCACAUUGCUCACUUCUAAUUCUGUGAUUCCACUUUAAUUGCCUUGGCCGCAUCCUAUAGAAUCCUGUGAUUUGUCACUUGAUGAGUGCUACAGCUCUCUGGCUUAGUAUUCGGAGGUCCCUUUCUCACAGACGAAUAAAUUCCCACAUUAUCUGCUUUGAACUGGAAUAUAUGUCAGUGUAGACUUACAUAACCCAGUUCAAAGCAGAUAUUGUGGGAUUUUCUGCCUUGAUAUUCCGGGUUAUAUGACUGUGUGAAAGUGCCCUUAGUUACGUCACCUUAAACUGCAACCCCCAGGAUUACAUAUGAUGUUUCCAUGGCUGUUGAAGUAGAGUCAUAGUAGAUUCAUAGUACUAUUGUUACACAGUGUAAAACAACCCCAUGGUAGAGGUCAGUUCUCAGUUUGACUUUCAGUACAAUUUUGUCCUUGCAAAGGGUCACAUCUCAAACCUUCUGUAUAUCAUAGCUAAAUGACAGAGAUUGUGCUUUGGGACAUGUAAAGGAUACUCUUUCCCAUACUCCCAUAAAUAUGAUGUACAUUGGUCUCAGCCUAACAGAAGUGCUAAACCUCCAUCUUUAUUGCACUACGUCAUAUUUGCACUCCCCUAUAUUCAAAAAUACAGUUCUAUUUACAGGGACUUUUUUUCUUGUUGUUCGUCUUGUUUUUUUGGAAGAGCAUUCAGUCAUGUGAAUGCUUUGAAACAAGACAGCUCAGAUGCAGAUUUAACACUUCUGGUGAAACCAAGUAAUUGUUCUAAGGGCUAUAUUUUAAAAUGGCCCCUUUCACAUUUCUCUAAACUAAUAUGUACCUCAAUUGCAAACAUUUUUAACUCUAAUUCCGUGUUUCCAUUUUGGAGUUGUUUUGGAAUGGGAGCAUAGGAGCAGGAUAAAGCAAGUCACAGGAUAGAGGAGGGCUGCUGGAAAAUUGACCACUCUUUAAAGGGGAUCAAAGUUUUGUGCUACCUUAGACAAACAGAUUUAUUAUGGCAUAGGCGUUUAUGGACUACUGCCCACUUUAUUUGCUGCAACAGGUCAAUGUGGCUCCCUCUCUGGUCUUUACAGAGAAAACACACCUGGGCAUGUCAGGUAGACAACACCUUUUUCUGUACAAUUCUUGCCAAAGCUGUCACCAUCAAUUAGAGCUAUGUGACAUUUUUGACUUUACAUAAGAUGGGUGAGGCAGGUUCAUCUUAUUUACAGAUGAAGUCAUAAGACUCCGUCCUUCAGAGCAUGUAUUUUCUUCUUGUGUGCAUAUGUUUCAUUAUUCUGAAUAGUUGUUCCAUCUCAAUGAUUUUGCUUCCUUUCUCCUCCACUUUUUCCACAUCUCCAUUUUUAAAACUUGAUGAGUUCGUGGUGUGUAAUUAAUCCUCUUUUCCUCCAUAAAUGUUAGACACUGGUCUCAAUUUAUCACUCUUUUGUGAUUUGGGUAUUGCCAGCACGAAGGGCUGUUGAGCCAAAGAGGCAUUUCAAAUGUGCAAUAUGUGCCAUUUUUAGAUAUACACAUAUAUUCUAAAGAAUAAACACCUUCCAGAAGUCUCAGGCUGUACCUUCAAUUAACAAAUUCCUGGCAAUUAAAAAGAACUUCACAAAGUGCUUUUUCUUUGGGUAAUAUGAGACAAUAAUUGAAACAAGUUCUGUGGUUUCUGCAAAACUGUAGAAAAGCUGGUGCCUGCAAUGGCAUGUCACAAUUGUGGUGACUUUAAGGGAAGCCCUUGGGUACUUGUACUCACUGCCAUCUUUUUUUCUUAUUCUUUUUGGCCCUAUAUUUUUCUUGCUUUGGAAAUUUUGCAACGAUUUCAUAAUUUCUCAGACCAUAGAAAUCAAAUGAUGUGGAGAUUAUGCAAUUAUGUAAAUGUAUGUCCUCGUGGAAAAGAUGAUAUUGUAAAGAUUAUGUGAAGAGUAAACUGUGUCAAGAUUUUGGGAAAGUUUCUUUAUGGAUUACUGCUAUCAAAAUUCCUUAGCCAGCAACAUGAGUCUGGGAGUAGUCAUCCAAAAAAUGUCUUUUCCUUGGUUAGAACAAGGUACGUGAAGAACUGGGUGAAUAUUGAUGGCAUGCUUAUUCUGCAGACUUCAGCUGGUAAAAUAUGUACUGUGUAUACUCGUGUAUAGCUCUAGAAAUUUUAGUUAAAAUAUUGACUCAACUUGGGUCAAUACAUCCACAGGCCACUAUAAAUAAUGUAUCUUAACCCUUAUCAAAAAAAGGAACCAUCCCAUUUUCUGAAUAUAGUGAGGGGUGGCACUGGCAUUUUCCCCUCUCUGUGAAAAGGCCCUUGACUUAUCCCUGUGUCAUACCAAAAUCCAUAAUUUAUCCCCCAAAUCUGCCCUCAAUGUAUACAUAAGGUUGAUUUAUACAUGAGCAUAUAUGGUAUGCUUUUAUCAUGGAAAGUCGUGGGAAACAAAGUACGAUGACUUUGCCAUGUUUUGCUUGCAUAUAAAACAGAUUUUGCAAAACAGUUGCUUACAAUAAAAUAAUGCUUGUUCUAAAUCAGUGGUUCUCAACCUGUGGGUCCCCAGGUGUUUUGGCCUUCAACUCCCAGAAAUUCUAACAGCUGGUAAACUGGUUGGGAUUUCUGGGAGUUGUAGGCCAAAACACCUGGAGACCCACAGGUUGAGAAUCACUGUUCUAAAUGAGCAUGGUUUCCAGAUAUGUUCACCUGAACACAGUUUCCCUUAAACAGACUACUCUCUUUAGCCACAAUUCCACUAAUUUUGUGAAUCUCUUUUAGCACCCUUGCCAUACUGAAAACAAUGUAUGUUUGGCAUGCAUAUGUGAACUUUGAAUAACAUCUAGUGAAUAGUUUCUUUUCAGGUCCAUGUUCCACUUCCACUGGAUUAUUAGUUAAUCCCAUACUAUUAAUCUAAGAUAGUGAACAAUAGAGUCAGAUAUUUAUGACUGUUUUUAAAAUGUUUCUCAUUUGAUUACACGAUGCCAUAGAUUUGCAAACAGAGCCAAAAUAACAUUUACUCUGCCAUAAAGAGAAAAGGUAAAUUUAUUAUGUGUCCUGGGUCUUGCCAAGCACACACAGCCCUGGCCAAAAUUGAACCUUUUUCCAGUUUUAAGCAAUAGGACAUGAUGAAGACAUGAAUGUUUGUAUCAGGUUGCCUUUUAAACAUAAAGGCAUUUCCUGAGAUUUAAUGUGUUUCCAAAAAUGGAGGACUCUUUUUUAUUAAAAAGGUGUAUAUUUUAUACUAAUAACAUAUGUAUAGAUUUGUAUUGUAAUAUAAUUUUAAAGAUGUGUAAAGCUCUAUAUAAGAAGAUGUUACUGUAUAUAUAGAGAUAACUGUAAGCAAAUCAGAUGGUCAAAUAAUCUGUUGAUCUGCUAUGCAAUUUUGCUUAUCACAUUUUUGUGUUGAGUGCAGAUUGAUCUUAUAUUCAUAAAUAAUGACUACUAUAUCCAAUGUGGCUCAUCUGAGAUAAGUGUGCAUAGGAUUUAAGCCAGUCUUUUUAAAAAGACACAUCUUGAGACAUGUUUCUUGCCAUGUAAAAUGCAGAAACUAUUAUAUGCUGAACACCACAGUUUUCAUGUUUCCAGAAAAUGAAUAGUAUCUUGUUUAAUCUGCCACAGAAGUGCCGUAUUAGUUGUAACCACUGAUUCUGUCUAAUUCUGUUAAUUAAAAACCAAUGCAUUUUC